AUGGCUGAGACUGCAGUGGGCUUAGUUAUAGACAAGCUGAUCCCGUUACUGACUGAAGAAGCAUACUUGUUGAGAGGUGUCGAAAAUGAUGUUGAGGAAAUCAAAUGUGAUCUAGAUUUCCUUUCGGCCUUCCUGAAUGAUGCAGAUACAAGAGCAGAAAGAGAGAUCGAUCAAAGGACAAGCAACAGCAUUGGCGUUAAGAUAUGGGUGCAAAAACUUAGAAAGGAGGCAUUUGAACUCGAGGAUGUCAUUGAUGAAUACACGCAUCUAAUGGCACAACAACGUCAUCCCCACAAGCAUAGAUUCAUUGGCUUCCUCCGUUCUAGUGUUUGCUUGAUUAUAAAACUAAAACCGCGCCACAACAUAGCUUCCAAAAUAAAAGACAUCAAACAAAGAAUACGGGAUAUAAAUGAUAAGAGGGCAACAUAUGGCUUUAAUUCCACACUAAAUGGCUUGGCAACUGCUGCUCAACAGACUACAUGGUAUGAUCCGAGGAAGGAUUCUCUUUUUCUUCAGGAAACCGAAGUCAUGGGCAUUGACUCUAUAAGAGACAAAUUAAUCGAAAGGUUGGAAGAUAAAUCUCACAAUCGUGAGGUGAUUACCUUGGUAGGAAUGGGUGGACUAGGAAAAACCACCCUUGCCAACCAAAUUUAUUAUUGUGUGAAAGGACGCUUUGACUAUCAUGCCUGGGUUGAAGUUUCUCAAUCAUACGAUAAUGCGGAGCUUCUACGAAAGUUGAUGAAGAAAUUCUUCCAGGAAAGAGAAGAGCCUGUUCCUAUGGAAAUUGAUACAAUGGAUGAGAGUACAGUCACAACAAAAUUAAAAGAUUAUUUACAAGGGAAAAGCUACAUUGUUGUUUUUGAUGAUGUUUGGAACGUAAGCUUUUGGGAUGGUGUGAAAAAUGCUUUACCUUACAAAAAUGAACAAUGUAGAGGUAUAAUAAUCACGACACGAGAUGUUAAAGUUGCAAAUUCUUGUAAGCGAUCCACAUCUGUUUAUAUCCAUCACAUGGAACCACUCCAUCAAGAAACAGCCUGGGAACUCUUUUGUAAUAGAGCAUUUCAAUAUGAUUUUGAAGGGCACUGUCCGGCGGACUUAGAAAAGUUAUCCCUUGAGAUCCUUACAAGAUGCGAAGGUUUACCACUUGCAAUCGUUGUCAUAGCUGGCGUUCUAUCAACUAAAAGCAAGACUCCAGAAGAAUGGCAAAAGUUUCGUACUACUCUAAGUUCGGAGUUGGAGAGUAAUGAACAUUUGGCUAGUAUAGACAAAAUCUUGUCUCUAAGUUACAAUAAUCUGCCUUACUACCUCAAGUCUUGUUUCUUGUAUUUUGGAAUUUUCCCAGAGCACUACUCUAUUAGAUGUCGAAGACUGAUUCGACAAUGGAUUGCAGAAGGGUUUGUGAACAAGAAGAAGGAUAAAACAUUAGAAGUUGUUGCAGGAGAAUACUUGACAGAGCUAAUAAAUAGAAGUUUGGUUCAAGUGUCAGAAGUAGAUUUUGAUGGAAAACCAAGAAGUUGCCGCAUCCAUGAUCUUUUACGUGAGAUCGUUGUAAAAAAGAUGGAGGAUUUACAUUUUUGUAAAGUUUUGUCAAGAAGCGAUACAACUUUCAAAGGAUUUACUCGACGUCUAUCAAUUCUCCAUAGUUCUAGUGAUGCUUUUGAGAGCUUCUCUAAAACAUCUCAUGUUCGGUCUCUUUUUGUCUUUGUCAAAGAUGAAAUUCCCGUCUCUCUUCCAAGUGUCAUUUCCACAAAUUUUAAGCUCCUAAAAGUUCUUGAUUUUGAAUACGUUCCAAGCUUAGAUAAUCUUCCUGAAGAUGUUGGAAACUUGUUUUUCUUGAGAUAUUUAAGUGUUCGAGGAACACGAGUGAUGUUCCUCCCAAAAGCAAUUGGGAAAUUGGAAAAUCUUGAGACCUUGGAUCUGAAGCGAUCAUUGGUGCAUGAAAUCCCAGCUGAGAUCAAUAGACUUCAUAAAUUACGACAUCUUUUAGGUUAUCAUUUUGAUGAGAAGGCAGAUUGGAGUAUUAAUAGCGUAAGGGGAGUCAAAAUACAGAAGGGAAUAAGGAGGUUAAGAGCAUUGCAGAAGUUAUAUUUUAUUGAAGCCAACACAAUUGGCAUUGAUGUAUUUAGAGAGUUGAGAGAGUUAAGAGAAUUGAGAAAGUUAGGCAUCAAAAAGUUGAGAAGUGAAGACGGAAGGGCUAUGUGCGAUUGUAUUCAAGAAAUGGAACACCUCGAGUCCCUUAGCAUAUGUUCUACACGCGAAGAUGAGAAAAUUGAUUUGGAAUGCUUGUCAUCGCCUCCUCAAUUUCUUCGGCGUCUCUACUUAAAGGGCCAUCUAGGGAAGUUACCAGAAUGGAUCCCGAAGCUUCAGUACCUAGUCAGAAUACGCAUUUCCUGGUCAAAAUUGGAAGAUGAUCUGAUCGAAACCCUUCAAAACCUUCAAAAUCUUUUGGAGAUUGGAUUGUUUCAUGAUGCUUAUUAUGGUGAGAAACUACACUUUAAGGUAGGAACCUUUGGAAAACUUAAGGUGCUCAACAUGAUGUCUUUAAAUAGACUGAAUUCGAUAUCAAUAGAGGAAGGAGCAUUGUGUAAUCUUGAAGAGCUUUCCAUUGGGCCUUGUCCGGAGCUGAAGAAGAUGCCCUUGGGAUUCCAGCAUUUGAGAAACCUUAAGCUUCUUCGAUUUUCAGAAAUGCCACCAGAAUUCAUGAUGUUCCAGAAUUUUCAGAGUGUUGAAAAAGUACUAGAUGUUCGAUUCCUUUUCCAUUUGUCCGGAGAACUAUUAUUCUUGCCUUUGAAGACAAUGUUGGAGAUGCAGAAGCACAUGCAAGGUUAG